CUCAAAUAGCAGCAGGAUACUACAUCGAGGACUCUUACUGUCUAUUAUGAUUACGUGGCAAUUAUGGUGUACUCUAUUGUGUGUUUUGUGGUUUUAUUUUCUGUGGACACGUCGUCGAUAUUACAAGUUAAUAUUUCAAAUUCCUGGGCCAGUGGGUUACCCCUUAGUUGGCACAGGAUACAAAAUGCGCCAUAACGAAGAGGUGCUGCUCACAUUCAAACACUAUUUGGAUAAACAUGGUCCGUCGUAUUUGUUUUGGUUGGGGCCCCUGCCUUAUUUUAUCACCACCGAUCCCCAAUUGAUACAGGAUAUUUUCAACUCACCGCAUUGCAUUAACAAGGGUUUCGUCUACAAGGCACUUGAAGAUGUCGCUGGCCAGGGAUUAUUCACUGCGAAAGAGCAACUUUGGAGUGUACAUCGCAAGUUAUUUAAUCCAGUCUUUGCCCACAAGAUGUUACUCAGCUUUAUACCUAUCUUCAACGCGGAGACAGCAAAUCUGCUCAAGACGGUAGAUAAACUGGUGGAUUGUGGCGGACACAAUAUGCUACCAGUGAUGCAUGGUUUCUCUUUAGACAUAACAAGUCAAACCACAAUGGGAAGUGAUGUAAAGUAUUGUGAGUACAUUCGUACUAACAAAUUGAUCGAAGCUUUUCAGAGUCUUGCAGAUAAUGUCACAGCUAUAGGCAUUUCGCCAUGGUUACUUAGUAAAACGGUGCGCAUAUUACUGGGUAAGGAGGAAGAAUACUCUAGAGCAAAGUUGGAGAUAAAAGAAUUCCUCGAAGAGUUAAUCGAUUCGAAAUUGGCAAAGGGUUCUGAAGCCGCAGACAAGAAUAUAUUUGUAAAUAUAGCCAUUGAUAUGAUGAAUCGAGGAUUGCUUACCAAAAAUGAAGUGAUAGAUGAAUCGAUUACCAUUGUAUUUGCUGCCUUUGAGACAACAGCUAAUACGAUCACCUACGCACUUAUAUUGCUCGCCAUGUUUCCCGAGUAUCAAGAGAAGGCUUUUGAAGAGAUUCGCGCAUUGUUUCCCAAUACAGGAGACUUUGAAGUUACCUACGGCGAUACCCAGAAUAUGGUUUAUUUGGAUCUAAUUAUCAAUGAAUCGAUGCGUGUGCUGUCCCCAGGACCACUUGUGGCACGACAGACAACGAAGGAAGUGCGUCUUUCCAAUGGAGUUGUUCUUCCUAGAGGAAUUCAGAUUGCUAUAGACAUCUUUCACUUGCAUCGGGAUAAGAAUCUCUGGGGAGAAAAUGCGGAAACUUUUGAUCCCGAUCAUUUCCUCCCACAUAACAUGCAGGAUAAGCAUCCAUAUUCAUUCAUUCCUUUUACUAAAGGAAUUCGCAAUUGUAUAGGUUGGAGAUAUGGUUUAAUAGCGAUCAAAGUGGCAAUGGCAAAAUUGCUAAGAAAUUAUAAAUUCUCAACUAGCUUUAAAUUUGAAGAUCUUCGCUUUUGCGAGCAUGUAACUUUGAGUUUAGAGACAGUUCCUUUACUGGAAGUUCAGAGAAGAGAUUACUAGUGUAUGAUUCAUCUUAAAAAGUUGAUACAAUGUACAUAAUAAAAAUAGUUAAAUAGCCUUGAACUGACUAUUAUAUAUACAUACUUAUAGAACAAUAUUUUUCUAAUAAUAUAAAAUUGUUUAUGAAAUGCGAGCGAAGCUGAGGACCACAGCUGCUGGAUUUCUU